AUGGGAUCUGAUGCUUGGCUGCAGCACAUCACAGACUUGCCCGAGUACGAUAUCUCAUUGCCGGACGCCGAAGACAACCUCCAACCGGGCGUCGUGGGCUCCGGCCAGAGCCACACGGCAUCCAGCCAAUCUGAAAAGAGCAUGACUUUCUCUGACGACAGCCUCGAUUCUUCAGAAUUCUUGCGUCACGAUCUCUCGUCGCAAGAACCGGAACCCGAGGCACGCGUCACUGUCACCAACCACAGUCACGCCCGGAGGCAAUGCAAUCCGCUUUCUCGUCCCAACAUGUGGAUCCGGAACCGCGUGUUACACGCAGCCGCCAAAGUCACGCAGCAGCUGGCCCCUCUACAGAGAUCACCUCCACGUCGCAAGAAGGACGACAUGGCCAGGCCCCAGAGCAUAACGGGAUGCAGCAGCGCGAUUCAAGCCUGCGCGCUCGCCACCAACGAGUCACAGGUGCGCGCGUUCCUUGCCCCACAUGUGGCAGGCAAUUCCAGAGCCCGUCCCACCUUGAAGCACACGAGAAGCGGCUCCACGACGAAAAUUUAA